AAACUUGACUGGUUUUUAUCAGAAGACACUCCACAUGUAUUCAGUGGUCCUACACAUGAUUUUUUAGGGCACAAUAUAUGGAUAGUAAACAACCGUCCUUUUCCGAUCGAAAAAAAAAAUCCAAUCUUGUAUCGAUAGGAUACGCCAUGGCCAAAUCCAUCACAUCAGCGACUGAGUCCCCAUUUACAGUUCAAUUAUAAUUGAAGCAUAUCUCGUGUUCCAUAGCAAUUCAAUCCUCCCAUCAAGAUGAACUCUUGGGCAGCCAUGCCUCUGCGAAGUGUUCCCCCUCUGAAGCUCGGAGGUCCCGGGAUCGACUCCCCUUGCGGCCUCACACCCCCCCACAGUCCCACCUGUGCCCCUCUGUCAUCGACUCCUCGCAGGGCAUUGAGAGCUUCGGCCAGUUUUAAUGGCAGUAGUGCAGUACUAGAGAGGAGGGAUAGGGAGAAGAAGAAUCAUUAUGCCCUUUUGGGUGUCCCCUGUGAUGCAUCCUUAGAGGAUAUCAGAACUGCAUACAGAAGACUGGCUCUGCAAAUCCAUCCUGAUGUGGUGCCGCUGCAGCAGAUGGAAUGUUCUACCUCGAUUUUCUGUCAGAUUAAUGGAGCCUAUGAUACUCUCUCUGAUCCCCACAAGAGAAAAGCAUAUGAUGAGGCUCUUCAAAUUGUAGUGCCCACAGUGUACUCUGUUAGACCUUCAAUGGGGUUUUCUUCCCCUGUUAGAAGUCCCAGGGGAAGAAAUUGGGAAACAGAUCAGUGCUGGUGCUCGUGAGAAGAUUCUGAUGAGAUUGAUUGAUUUAGAGAAAGAUUAGUUUGAUUUUCUGAGAAUUGUGCACCAGGCCUUGGGGAUAGAAUUUGAGGAUCCAGCUAGUGAGUUAUCUGUUUGAGAUUUGUAUAAUUGAGUAAACUUUCUGUUUCUCGCCCUGAAGCUCUGGCUACGGUGAAGUCUCAUGGUGAACAAACUGAAGAUUAGAAAGGCUGAAAAGUAACUACUCUGUAAGGUCUGUAGUUUGAAAGAAUGUCAUUAAAAGUCUGAGAUCCAGAGGCCAUUUCUUCAGACCCUCUGCUUUAUGUAAAAAGUAUCUGGCUUUGUAAAUAUUUGGCAUGGGUUUUCUAUAAUUCGUGUAGUAAAGAUUCACUGUAUAUGUUUUUAUUCAUUUCGGAUUCAGUGAUCAAUUUUAAGAAUGUUCUUCA